UACCAUUUCGGAACCCGUGGGCGUGUCCGAGUGUCAUUUCUUGCGCACGUCGCUACGCUGCAAUCGGAUGAUUCCACGAGGGGCGGGGCCAAACUAGAGGAAGCCGAUGACUGACCUGCUCCCAAGGAAACCACCGGUACUCUCCUCUACAUCUUCAGUGGAUUAACUUUACACUCCUUCUCACAAUCUCGCACAACGCUCUCCUACAAAACAAUACUUGUAUUACCAGAUCCUCGGCUUGUAUGCUGCAAGUUUCUCACAUUGUCUUUUGGACGAUUAUAAGGUUUAAGCUAUCAUAAACGACAACAGGAAUGGAGACAGAGAUCCAUGUGCCUCUCGGUUCGCCCGUCAUCAGAAGAUUCCCCAUCUUCGUGGACGAGCACCAGGUGACAGAUGGAGCGAUCCGGCUGAUCAAGGAGCUGCGGCCGGCGUGGGACCCCGACCGCCUCCAGACCAAGCUCUUCACCGAUGGCACCACCAACAAACUCGUCGGCUGCUAUGUGGAGGACAGCCCAGACGACGUGGUCUUGGUCCGUGUCUAUGGCAACAAGACAGAGCUGUUCGUAGACCGAGACAAUGAACUUAAAAGCUUCCAGGUGCUGCACGCAAACGGUUGCGCUCCUCGUCUCUACUGCUCUUUUCAGAACGGCAUCUGCUACGAGUUCAUGCCAGGGGAUGCUCUGGGCACCCAGGACGUACGCGACCCAGCGCUGCUCAGGAUGAUCUCCAGGGAGAUGGCCCGCAUCCACGCCAUCCACGCCCACAAUGGCUGCAUCCCCAAGCCCAACCUCUGGAUCAAGAUGCGUAAAUACUUCUCCCUGGUGGCCACCGAGUUCACUGACCAGGCCUCAAACCUCAGGAUCCAGAGGGAGGUGCCCAGCAAGGCGUUGCUGGAGCAGGAGAUGCUGUGGAUGAAGGAACACCUUUCUGCUCUGGGCUCGCCUGUGGUGCUCUGCCACAACGACCUGCUCUGCAAAAACAUCAUACACAACAACAAAGAGGGUCACGUGCGCUUCAUAGACUACGAGUACUCCAGCUACAACUACCAGGCCUUUGACAUCGGCAACCACUUCAAUGAGUUUGCAGGUAUGAGCGAGCUGGACUACGGCCUGUACCCGAGCCGGGAGAUGCAGCUGGAGUGGCUGCAGGUCUACCUGAAGGCCUACAAGCUGUACACCAAGAACACGGAGCAGCUCGGCCCCCGCGAACUGGAAACCCUCUACGUACAGGUCAACAAGUUCGCCCUGGCUUCUCACUUCUUCUGGGGAUUUUGGGCGCUCAUCCAAGCCAAGUACUCUUCCAUCGACUUUGACUUCCUGGGGUACGCCGUGCUGCGCUUCAACCAGUACUUUAAGACCAAGCCCACGGUGAUGGCGCUGAAGAUCCCAGAGUAAAGAGCCCCACAGGAGGGGCUGGGGGGGCAGGUGGAGGGGGGGGGGGGGGGGGGGUUGGAUCUUCCUCAUGCAGGAAAGGGAUUGGACACCGAGCCACCCACCCCCACCACAACGCAUACGCACACUCUUAACCCACCCCCCACCCCACCCCUCCAGCCCCCUUCUUUAAUGCAGCAGAAGUAAUCGGUUAAUUAUCUUCCCGUAUUUAUUUCCCCACAUCUUCAGUCUAACCACGGCGUGCUCGGCUAGAGCUGUGUUUUUUUUGCCUGCAUUUAAUUUUGAAUGUAUUUAUCUUUUAUUUUUUAUUUUUUAAUGGAUCUAGGAGUCCCUACCCCAACACCCCCACACCCCCACCCCCUGGGCAGCAGAGCUACUCGUGUGCCCAAGGUUCAGGGUGGCUGUACAGAUUGUAAUGUGGCUCCACAGGCGGGUGUAGCGCGUAAAGGGAAGGGUGUCGAGGCUCGCUCGCCCUCCUCUACGCUACGGCUCCGUUAAAGCACUCUGCUUUUAAAGCUAUGGCUCCAGAAGCAUUUCAGUAUUGUGUGUGUGUGUGUGUGUGUGUGUGUGUGUGUGUGUGUGUGUGUGUGUGUGUGUGUGUGUGUGUGUGUGUGUGUGUGUGUGUGUGUGUGUGUGUGUGUGUGUGUGUGUGUGUGUGUGUGUGUGACAGUGUGUGUGUGUGUGACCCUUUCUAUACUUGUGUCUCCUCAUCGUUCUUAGCUUGUCGUGAUCCAUUAAAUGUAGAACCGGUAUCAUGGACACAUCACACAGCCCGUGGGUACUUAAUCUAACACUAACCUCAGUAACGGCAAUGUCCACAGCAGACGGUGUGGGAGCUGGUGAACACAGCAGGGCUUUGGUCGCGGCCCCGGCUGUGACUGGGGUCACUGACAGGGCCUUGCACCGCUGAAGGGUUCUUGUGCGCCCGAUGGCCUGAGUCUCUUUCCGCUUUCGUGGCUUUUAUGGUCACAGCGAACCGCUCCGGUGAACUUUCCGUUCUGAACAGUCGGAAAAAACAUGACCCUGCUCACCCCCAGGGCCGGCCUCCUGCAAGAAGGCCUUCUCAGCCACUGUGCACAAACCCCCCCCCCCCCACCCCCCACGUCUCUGCUCAUUGGUGGAGAUUUCUUGCAACAACACAGUUUGAAUUAAGGACCUGUGGGUUAAUAUCAAAGCCUUCCUUGACUGCCCGUCUGCACCAAGUCCAAGUAUGAUUGUUGCACAAUUGGCUGUUGCAUAAGCGUUGUGUAUUUAAAGGCCAAGUCUGGGUUUAAAAGAGAGAACUAGAGAGAAUUUUGGUUUGUCAUUGCCCUUUUUUUUUGUUCAGAGAUCUUUAUUGCUUUGGCCCGGAAAAAGAGAUAGAUGUCCCAUUUCCACCACCCACACUCGGCACCGAGUUUACAACUCCGCCGUUACCUUCACCAACACAGAUGCACGUUAAUGAUUUGAUUUAAAUUGCCCCUUCUUUGAUGAAAGAACAUUUUUAUAGAUGUGCUGUUAAGAUGUCUGCAGUGAUAGUCCAAAGUUAAAGACCGGUGUCUUUAAGUUUGGCGCCCAAAGUACAAAAAUAAAUGUUUGUAGAACAUUUUUUGUAUACGUUUGUAUAAAUAUAUAUUUGUUUUAUUAGUUCUGACACUUUGCCUCAGCGACGCGUGUCGUAUUACAGGCUUAAUAAUUCAGCAGGUGCGUGCUACCUAGGUACAGUGGGAACAGCCGCCGGUAUAAAGGGCGACCAUCAGAGGGUAGACGGGGGCAGCUGACGCAAAUGGUGAUAUAAGUGCUUUUUACCCAAUUCUAAUAGUGGCACCCUGUUGAUCACCACUCUGAUCACUGGGAGCAGUGACAUCCUGAACGAACAGAGGAGAAUUCAGGGUCCUUCUCCCUUUUUUUAUUAGUCGGCCAAUCCCUUUGAGGUCUAAAAGAUGACUAAUAAGAAAGGUAUUCUAGAUAUCGAAUGACGUAUCACAUUAUCUUCCUCUCCAUAGGGAAAUUGCAACAAAUUAUUCAUAAACUUUGACAACAAACCUAAGGCCAGCAACAAUUGAAAGAUGACCCUCGGUAAGGUGUAGGUCUACAUCACAGAGUUUAAUGGUAGGGACGAAAAUUACUUAAUAAUUAACUUGAUGAGCUACCUACGGUUACCUACCACACCUCGGAGAUCGAUAUAAGAAGUUGAUUUAUUUGAAUGCACAUUAACCCGACCCUUGCACUAAAAGGCUUUCUCUGUCAUCCCUGAAUCUGCUUCUCUUUCUCAUUUGAGCUAUGAAAAUGAAACGAUCCAUAGCAACCACCGAUAGGUAGACAUUGAAGGGUUGGGAACAGAAAAGAAG